AGUAUUCCUUGGAAUGGAGAAUGACACUAACUUGGGUUACAUCCACUUGGGUAAAACAAGAAUGAAUAAGAUGACACUUCCCUGCCAGCGGCUACCAAAUGACCAAAAUGUAGUAUGUGAUACCAGCUCAGGCUAGGAGGUAGGUGAUCCCCUUUAUUCAUAGAGGCAGAGAAACCAAGUGUUAGACACUUGUCCAUGCUCAUGCAAUAAGGUGGAACAGACUGACAUUUUUUCAAGCCAGGGACACCUCCCUAGGUGACCAAGCCUUCCCGCCCAUUCUCCAGACCUGCCCAGACCUGUAGUUGUUGCCCAGGAAGCUAAGGCUCCUCCCCAAACAUAAACUUGAUUAUAUAUACCUGGUAAACCUGGGCUUUCCUCUCUGCCUUUGGCUUUGUCUGUUCCAUCCUCUUCUCCCUUUCCCUUGCCCUCUGUUCUGUCUUCUGCAGGUCUUGGCUGGUGUCGGGAAAGAGAUCCCAUCCCAUGGCCUCCCACUCUAGGGAGCCAGGGCUCCUGCCCUGUAGAUCCUGUGACAUGGUUUUCCGUUCCUGGGCCCUGUUGGCCACUCACACUCAGCGCUUCUGCAUUGGCCGUCUGACCCGGGAGGUGACAGUUGGAGCACAGCCCUCAAUAACUACUGAACCACAGCCCAUACCCUGUCCCCAGGCCCAAGAACACCAGAGCCUCCCAGACGAGGCGGCCAGUAAAUCGGCCCUGAAGAGGCUAACAGAGGAGGUGCAGCGGCUACGGCUGUUCCUGCAGGAAAUGCCAUUCUGGAUAACAGAGGUACCCAGAGGGUUACAGGGGCCCUGGAGGGGUUCAGAGGCUCCGACUGGGGGUCCCACCUACAAGGCUGCUGAGAGCCCCGACCAGCGGCUGCGGUCUCUGCACUGGACGCAUGCAAGGCGCAUGGCAGACUCGGAGGCACAGAGCCGGGCCCUGGAGCGACGCGGCGAGGAACUGAGACGUCGCCUCCAAGGUUUGGCCCGGACCCGGGACGGGAAGUCACGCCUAUUUUGCCUGGAGCGGGAGCUUCGAGAACUCCGGGCAGAGGCCGGGCGAACGCGGGGAGCUCUAGAAGUAUUAGGGGCGCACGUUCAGCAGCUGCAGGCCAAGCCCGGGACCCGGCUGAACUCCUUGGGAGAGGCGGAACUGUGUUGUUCGGCGCUACAGGCCAACCCAGGGACUCUGGCUGCGGAGAUCGGGGCCUUGCGUGCGGCCUACAUUCGAGGCGGGGGCCGGGACGCCGGCGUUCUGGGCUGGAUGUGGCAGUUGCAAGUGGAGGCGUCAGCUCUGGAGCUUCGGCGAUCGCGGACCCGUAGGGGAAGACGGACAGGUGCCAUGUCGAAGGAGCUUCUAGUAGUGGAAGCUGAAAACCAGCGCCUGGAGGCAGAAAUCCUGGCUUUGCAGAUGCAGAGGGGCGCAGGCCGGGUGCCCUGGGGGCCAGGGGAGCUGAGACUUGUGGCCAAUCCCAGCCCACACCUGAGAAGGAGGGAAGAUUCCCCAAGCCUCCAGCCGCCAGUGGCUCCACCGCUGCCACCGCUUUCAAACUCCACAGGCGCCUUAUUCUGGGGUGGCGCCGAAAAGGCUGUGAGGACCCAGGGUUUGGGGUGGGGACAGUUCUCUUCUGUGCAGUUUGGGGAGCUUAGACACCUUGGAGGUUUUCUGGAGGAAUUAACUACUCUUCCCCCGCAGCCGCAGCUUCCUGGUGCCAUGACCAGGAACCUAGGCCUGGAUCCACACUUCCUCCUGCCCACAACUGAUGUUCUGGGCCCUGCACCUUACGACCCUGGGGCUGGCCUUGUCAUUUUCUAUGACUUCCUGCGGGGCCUUGAGGCUUCUUGGAUUUGGGUGCAACUAAAGACUGGCUUGGCCCGAGAUGGACAGAAUACAGGAGGGACCACAACGUUGCCCCCAGCCCUUUGCUUGCCCCCACCUCCAGCUCCUGGGCCCAUGGGCAACUGUGCCAUCCUUGCCAGCAGGCAGCCUAUACCCAGACUACCACCCUCACCAUCAGUAUCCUUGGUCUGUGAGCUCCAGGCCUGGCAUUGGCUGGCAUGGGCUAAGGCACCACAGCCAAAGGCCUGGGCCUCACUGAUGCUAUUUGACAAGGAUCAGAGGGUGCUAAGUGGUCACUGGCGGCUCCCACUUAGGGCCCUUCCUCUGGACCCCAGCCUUAGCCUUGGGCAGCUGAAUGGGAUUCCCCAGGUGGGUCAGGCUGAGCUCUUUCUGCGGCUGGUGAAUGCAAGAGAUGCAAGUGUCCAGACCCUGGCAGAGAUCAAUCCAGCAAACGCCCACAAGUACCAGUACCCACCUCUGGUGAGGGCCCAACUAGAGCUAGAGGCACCACGGGUGUCCAGCUCAUCUUCACUGGAAGCCAGCUCUUUUGCCCCAGCAGCUGGCUUUGUAGAUCCCCCUCCACCUGAAGAGCCCCUCAGUGGCAGUCAAAUAUAAAGAGAUGAGGGUUGGGGCCCUCACCAUGGCUUUGACCCACCCCCACUGGCUUCCUGAGUCCAGGAGAAAGUGGGUAUGAGUAGCUUCGCGUGCACAGGACUAGGGCCUAGUCUCAGACCUGCAGCUUCACAACGCCAGGUUCUGACAGAUCUGGAAGCAAAUAGCAGAUGUGAGUGUAAAACAUGAGCUCCAACCACAGCUACUUCCGCCAAGUACUUGGCCUUUACUAUUCUCCUUGUUUUUAAAAAAAAAAAAAAAUUGAUGUGAGGAUUAAAUAAGUAUGUCAGGUAUUUGCAGUACUGCCUGGCAUAUAAGUGUUUUGAAAGGUGACACAGGGAGUCUUUCAUCCCAGCUAAAGGAACCUGAUAAACUCAUUCCCACCUGUUUUUUGCUGAAGCCAGUCUUGCUGCCCAUUUUAAUUCAAAUCCAGGCUUUUCUUCAGGACAUCCUCUAGGAAGCUUUCCAGGUUCUCAGUCCCCAUAAAAUAGGGAGCUCCUGUAGCCUUAUGUAUUUACAGAUGAGGGCAGGGCCCCAAACCAGUGUUAUUCCCAAAUUGGCCCAGGGUGGGGUGGAGUGGGGGUUGGGGGGGUGGGCCACUGAGGCCGUCACAGGUGAAACCUAGGAGAAAUGUCUUAUUGGGCCUGGUCCUAGACCCCAGUGUCGACCAAAGGUCAAAGGCCUGGUACUCAACUAUGCCAAAACUGGUAUGGCAUGACCACCCCACCCCCACCCCCCAAAAAGCCCCAGGACUGACCUGGAACGCACAAUACAAGGGCACCUGUAGGAAGAGGGUUCAAAUCCAAAGACUGCAGCCAUGAGUUAUAGUAACCAGCCCAGAAAAACCCCAUUUUCUCGCUCUAGAAAACAAAAUAUAAACUCUGAAAAAUAGGGUAGACAUGAGGGUCAGCAGAGCGUCCUCUGCCUCCAACGCUGGAUAUUCAAACUGCAGGUUCUAACCUGUCUGUCCAGUGCAGCAAAGUAGCCCUGUGAAUGUCAAAAUCAUUAAAGCCCCUUAGGUAGUAUUGGAAUUUGGAUCCGAAUACUGCCUGGUGUACAGCAGUUUCUUAAAGGUCAGGUCAGAGGCAAGGGUCUGACACUAGCCCUGCACCCUGGACAUUGGUGUGGGCCCAGGGGAUGACUGUAGUACCAGUGCCCUAAGCACCAGCACCCUUAGACUGGGCAGCCAAAACUGCUGAGUCAUUUUCCACCUUUCAAUUGAAAUGCUCCAGGCAGCCCAGGAUCCCACUCUAAGAUCUUUAAACACAAGUCCAGAGACAGAUCUUUUUUAGCAUUUUUAUUUAAGAAGUCAAAACUGCAGACAGGUAACAAUCCCAAGUGUUGAUAUUUUCUGUACAGAAAGGUUGAAAUGUAACAAAUACGUAACUCAACAAACCAGUCUCCCCACAGAUUCUUCCAGCCACAUCCAAACCGUCCAUCACAGUCAGUCCCUUAGCUGCUUUCAAACUAGGAAGCUCAAUUCUCUACAAUUAAGUUUUCUUCAAGGAUUUCUCCCCCUUCCCCUGCCCCAAAUUUUCUUCAGAGUUCUUUUUUCAGGACAGGAUUAUGGCCCCAGUUGGGGAACAAAUGGAUAAAAGACAGGUGCCAUCCAAAGCCUGGCUUGGAAGCUUUUACCAUCUCACAGUCAAAGUCCAUCAAUAGUAGCACCAAGGAGCAAGAUUUUCACCAAGUUUUUGUAGCCCCCAUCCAGGGACAGCACCACUCAAAAAGUUUGCAAGACAGCUGGGUUCAGUUGAGUAUUUUUUUUUUCAGUUGAGUAUUUAUAAUGGAAAAAUAUAUAGCACCAACUGGAAGACAAAGGGCCUACAGCCACACUUGAUUUGAUCACCUCCACAUAAGACAGACAGGAAUUUGGAUUAGAACUUCCAAUACAGAGAUCAGUACACAAGGGAGGGGAGGGGAGACAAAAAAACCUUUGGCCACUAUAUAAAACCCAGAGUGCUCCAAGGCACAGAUUUAGCCAGUAUUUAAGGGGAAAAAAAAUCAUCAAAGCCUCAACCUUUGCUUACAGUCUUUAUUGAAGUUAUACAAAAAGAAUCCCCCAAAAGUGAAAAAAUACAUUAUAUACAAAAACACUUUCCCUUGGGAGGAAGGCUGCUCCCUCUCUUAACAUGCAGCGCCUUCAACUGUAGCUCCGGCCUCCACUGUCCCCUCCACCGCUGCCCGGCUUUCAGCCUGAUUCUCAGCCUGGAAGAUAAACAGGGAGCCUAGGCAUAAGUGACCCUAGUUUAAGCCAUUCUAUUUUAUACAAAUGAGCAGGCCUCAGAGGAAGUAAACACAGAUCCCUUAAACUCUGCUUUGCUCCCUAUACUAAACAAGCAGUGACCACAAAGUGUAAGGCCAUUUCCUAAAUUCUCUGUAACAGGGCUUACAGAGUCAGUGUUCACAUAUUACAUGUAAAGAGGAGCAAGCACAGGUGACCAAGUGGUCUUACCAAGUAAAUGUCUUCUCAUACAUCCACUUGUCAAUGAGACAGCCUACAUUUCAUAACCAAACUGUUUCCCACACAACCUCAGUUUUUAUGAGGGUUGCACUCAAGCAGUCUAAACAGGCUCAUGGUGGGGAACAUGCACUUGGGAAGACUGUUUCCCAGGCUCUGAGGACAAGGGGAAAUGAGGCAAGAGUGCAGACCCUGCUUAACUGCCCACCUCCUCCUCCAUGUUUUCCGAAACUUCAGUUCCACUGGAGACAGCAUCCCCACUGCCUCCAUUCACCUCCAGCUCUUGUUUGGCUUUCUUUGCAUCAUCUUUCCGGGGACUCUCUUCCUCUGGUUUCCUCUAAAGAUAUAAUUGAUUGUGAAGGCUUCACAAAUGUGCUUAAUGUUUUUCAAAGGACAACUAUAAGGCAAUUCCUUAACACCCGCCUCUUCCCUAUGGUGCAGAGACCCUGAACACCAGGAUUCCCAGCUUUAAGGGUCUCCUUAGCCACAAUCUAACCGCUGUGGAAUAAACUGGUCUGCCGCAA